CUACAACCGUGUACCCACGACGGCAAACCGACAUCCAAGACUGCAACAACCCACGGCCAUGUCGGCGUCAGCACCACAAGUGGGCGAGGACCCAGAAGCCGCAAUCCUACAAGACCUCGGCGUCGACACUGAAGUGCCCCCUCUCGACCCCAUCUUGACCCAAAGUCCAACCACCAACGGUUCAAUCAUGACGUUACCACCGGCUGGAGUCGCCGCCGCCGCUGCCGCCCGAGCGCCACUCAAUGGCGAGUCCGACUCGUCCGAGGAGCAGCCGUCCAACGACUCGUCCCCGCCCUCCGAGACCGAGUCGGCGGGCUCGACAGACGACUCGGCGUCGCGCCCGCCCAUCCUCCGCCGCACGCAGUCGUCCAUCAUCAACGGGCACGGUACCAGGAGCCACAACAGCACCAAGCACCUCCGUUUCACCGCCGCCUCCCUGUCCAUGACCAACCAGACUUCCGAGGUCAUCUUCCCCGGCGGAGACGGCACGAUCGAGCGCCGCCUGAGGAGAAAGCGUGGCGUCCGCACCCGCACAGAGUACUACAUCAGCGAGCCGGGCACUCCCAACCUCUCGGAAACUGCCGACCAGAUCCGUCGUACGCUCUCGUUUGCGUCUAUUGACUCGCUCGUCCUCCUCUCCAACGAUGCGGAAGAGCGCCAGCGUGUCCUCGCCGCGGCGGCGCAGGCCGGCCGCGAUCUCGUGUGGCGCGCAAAGGACGAGAAGACGCUCUACCCUCCUGAUCCCGAACGUGCCGUCGUGCUCGCCGCGAGGCGUGGUCUCCGCUCGUUCAUCCUCGCGUACAGCGUGCGUGUAGGCUUCAACAUCGUACUGCUGCUCUUCCGCGUCCUGCGGAAACGGCCGCAGCUGCGGUUCCAGAUGAUCGUUCGCGCGCUCUUUGGGGAGGAAUCUUUCCGCUUCGGCGGCAUGAUCGGCGCAUUCACCUUCCUCAACACACUGACGCUCCACCUCCUCCGCCUCGCUCCGCCUCUGUCCUAUAUUCGCCGGCGGAUUCGUGCUGGCCUCUUCCGGCGCACGACGUUUGGACCUCCCGAGCGCGAGGGAAGCGAGGGCGAGCACCGCUGGCAUGCGGCUGUGGCCGGCGCUGUCGGCAGCAUGGGCAUGUUGAUCGAGUCGGCCGAGCGCAGGCGUGGCGUCGUGCAGCAGAUGUUUGUCCGUGGCCUCCAGGGCUCGUUCAACCAGUACGCGCCCAAGCUCGGGAUCAAGAUCCCGAACGGAGACGUGCUCCUCUUCGGCCUCUGCUGCGGGCAGAUCAUGUUCGCCUUCCUGCUCGCGCCCGAGACUAUCCCCAGAGAGUACAACAACUGGAUCCAAGGCGUGUCGUUCGUGCCAAAGUUUGCCGUCAAGGGCAACCUCCAGGCGAUUCGCAACGACAAGGUCGACCCGUCCAUCAUCCAGCAGGCGCUUGACUACAAGCACCUCACGCCUCACAACAGGACCGAACUCACGACCAUGAUGACCAACGCCCAGAACGACGUUGCUGCGGGCUUCUUCAUCCCGUGUGCCAUGCUCCACCCGUGGGUCGACAGCUGUGUCGUGUGCAACUUCCAGCGCUUCUUCCAGGUCUUCCGCCAAAUGUUGCCAGUGUACUCGGCGUUGCAUAUCAUCCCGAUGCUGGUGCUCCGCCGGCACCAGGUCUUCAACCACCCACUCAAGAUGUUCGCCAAGGCCGGCUGGGGCAUUACCCGCAGUUGUUCCUUCCUCGGCUUCUUCGUUGUCAUUUACCAAAUCCUGUUCUGCAGUCGCACCAACGCGCUGGAAGCCAACAUCUCGCCCAUCCUCCGCGCACUCCUCGAGCGCAAGGAGACGAUGUGGGCCAUUGGCUUCUCGACCUGCCUCUCGCUCUUUGCCGAGGAGAAGAGGCGGCGCGCCGAGCUGGCAAUGUACUGUCUGCCCAAGGCGCUCGAGUCGGCGUGGUUUACGGCGCGCAAGCGCUCGUGGGUGCCCAUCGUGCCGUUCGGCGAGGCGCUCCUCGGCGCGGCUGGCAUGGCCAUGGUCAUGGACGCGUACAAGCACAAGCCGAGCGCGCUCUCGGGCGUCGUUAGCAGGCUCAUGUACCAGCUCGUCGGCCCCGUGUAGGCAGCCUUGAGCAUGGGUGUCGAGUGUAAGCCAUAGAUUAGAGUGUCAUCUUCAGGCGGGCCAGUAGGCGAGGAGUAGAGCUGCCGCGGAGGGGCGGCGAACGUGUAGCCAGUAUAGACUAGUUGUUCCUCACUCAUAAACGUUAAAUGGAGAUUGUAAUGUGGAGCGGGUUGGGUUGGGUGGGCUGGCAGUGAGGAGGGCUGAAGUGCAUGAGGGCACGAGCCAACCGCGCUCGAAUGAGCGCGACUGAGGUUCGUUGCCACACUCAUGCUUGGCAGCGCGACUUGCGCAAGCGUCAUACGCGUAUGCGCCCUCGCAUCGAGGAGCAGACGACGGGAGCAGGUUGAGUGAGUGAGAUGAUCAGCGCGACACGUCGGCUUAGCAAUCUCGGUGCAACUGUCGGGCAGCAACGACAUUGAAUGGACACAGACGAAUGCAU